AUGUUGGCCUCUCCAUUUGAACCCCAGGCCAGCUUUGACUCGUCCAGCUCGAGGGACUCUUGGAGAGACUCGUGGCGAAGUUCGCAGUCCGGCAGCGUUAAUCUCCAGAACGAACCGGGGCGGGAGUACCGGGGACUGGUGGACACUGCGGAGCUCUUCGACUUCACUUUCAAGCCACUCCAGUGCUCCGACAGUUUCAAUACUGCGGCGGCCAACAAUUCCCAGCGUCGAUUCCGACUCAUGCCGUCGUCCAUGAAGGUCCAGCCCCUGAGAGUCAACAAGUCCGCCAUUCGGCCCUCCAAAACGCCCACGGGCAACCCCAUGUCGGCCUGGUCCGACUCAGACGACAGCGAAAGCGACUACGAGACCAACAACAGCAUAUGUGACUCCGACACUGAUGUGGAGGGCUGUCAGUGUCUACCAAAGUACGCCGGUCUUCCCAUUCUCGACAGUCCCAAGUCCCAGUCGUCUGAGUUCACCGUCCAGGCGCUCAAGCCCGUUCUGCCGACCAAGCCCGUCCCAAACCACCCCACCACCACCCACAAACGCGGCCCCAGGGGCCACCUGAAAACACCCAUGUUGUCGCCCUCAGAAACGGUCAUGGAGCGAUACGCACCGCUGGAGUGGUCCGACGCGGCCCGUGACGCGCUCAAAAUCGCGCUUGACAAGCGCCAACGCGUCAUGGAAGACGCCGGAGUCUCGCAUUUCAUCCAGAUCGAGGCGCUGCACAAUUGUCUCAAGGACGUGGCGUUUGGAGUCAGUCUGAGAGAGACUGUCUAG